AGCUCUGGACAUUUUGGCCUCAGUACUGGUUUUGUUCUCUUCUUUAGGUGACGUGGUGUUAUAAAUGCUGUUGUUUUCACCAGGGUUUUCUCACAGAGCUAAGAGCAGGAAGGAGAAAUGCCAAUAUGGAUACACUUUGUUUCAUUAAUUUGAAUGUGACCCUUAAAUGUCAUCUGUUCUUAGAACACUUUUUUUCUGAAGUGUUCUAUAUGAGGUUAAUGAGAAACAAAGCCCUUGCUUUCCCUCUCAAGUCUCUUUUAGUGAAAAUAAAGUUAGAGCGGCAGCAGCUUUUUCUUGUUGGGUGGCUUUCUAGAAUGCAGAGGGAAGACCAGGAGACUCUGAAGUAUCUUCUUUAACGUUGACAUCAGUGCGAUGUUGUAUACAGUUCUUAGUUUAGAUGAAGGUUUUCUGAAAUUAAGAGAAAUCUGGUGACAUGUAAGUCCAUCAGGUGGGACAGAUCACUAAAGUUGUAGUAAGUACAUACUGUAAUUAUUUAUCAUUUUGAAUUCUGCUUCUAGUUCCUCGCUUAUUUUACGUAAGUUAAGUGAUGGAACCAUACACUGAAGAAAAAAAACCAUUCUUGGGUCUUUGGUGUUCAUGUUUGUGUGAAAGAAUCUAGGAUGUUCCAAGAAAAGGUGUCAGCGAAUUGCUUAAAUAUAGUACCAACAUCUACUGAAGAUGGUGCUUUCCAAAAAAAGGGCCAUAGUGCUCGAGUCCUUAGCCCUGAAGAAGCGGAAAAACUGGCAAAAGAUCAGGUUUUGGUGUCUGAGUUCAAACAACUAAAACUGGAGAAAGAGGCACAGAAGAACUGGGAUCUGUUUUACAAAAGAAACAGCACCAACUUCUUCAAAGACAGACACUGGACAACCAGAGAGUUUCAAGAGUUAAAGGCGUGUCGUGAGUUUGCAGAUCAAAAACUGACCAUUCUGGAAGCAGGCUGUGGGGUUGGGAACUGCUUGUUUCCACUCUUAGAAGAAGAUAAGAAUAUUUUUGCAUAUGCCUGUGAUUUCUCUCCUAGAGCUGUUGAGUAUGUGAAGAAAAAUGCCUUAUAUAGUACUGAAAGAUGUAAAGUGUUCCAGUGUGAUCUUACCAAAGAUGAUCUUCUAGACAAUAUACCAGCAGAUUCCGUGGAUGUUGUCACACUUAUAUUUGUGCUUUCUGCCAUUCAUCCUGACAAAAUGCAUCUUGUCCUGAGGAACAUUUACAAGGUAUUAAAACCAGGCAAGUGUGUCCUGUUCCGAGACUAUGGCCUGUAUGAUCAUGCAAUGCUCAGGUUUAAAUCAGGCAGCAAACUCGGGGAAAACUUUUAUGUCAGACAAGAUGGGACAAGAUCGUAUUUUUUUACUGAAGAGUUCUUAUCUCAGCUUUUCAAGACUGAGGGAUAUGAGCAAGUGGUCAAUGAAUAUGUGCAGCGAGAAACUGUGAAUAGGAAAGAAGACUUGCGUGUUCCAAGAGUUUUUCUUCAAAGCAAGUUUCAAAAGCCUUUCAGGGAGACAUAAGUUCUUGCUGAUUAGCAACAGCAUUGCAUGUUUGAAAUGGAAACUAGCACAUAAGCUGUGUGCUCAUCUUUCUGGUGAACCGAAAAUGUUGGCAUCCAGUACCUCUUGUUGGUUUCCAUCCUAGGAUACAAAAUAUGAAUUCUAUUUCUAAUUCAAUUUUCAGACAGUUUAGUGAUGCAGGCAACCUGUUGAGCAUCUGUAUUCCUGCUUCUAAAAUAAAACCUGUGCAACAUUUUUGGAGGAUCAGGUAAAGCAUAUAAAUAAACUUCCAUUUUUAUUAAAAACUGUUUUAAAAUAAGUAUCCUGUGUUCCCUGUCACUUGUGAUUUUUGAGGCUUGUUAAAGUUAUAGUAUUUCAUUUACUUUCAGUACUUGUAGGACUUCUGAGUGUACUUUCUAAGAUACAGGAAUGAAACAGACUCAGUGAGCAGUACAGUGUAAGCUGCCUUAAUAUUUUAAUAAUGGUAUCUUUUUAACAUGCUCAGCAUUUAGAUGUGUAAACAAAUGUUUAUAUUCUAAGGCAGAUCCUAUUUUAUCUGAUUUCAUGCUUGAAGAAGCAUGUUAGCAAAUCAGGUUGUAUUUAUCCCUAAUUAAUUUAGAUGUUCUUCAUGUAAUGUGCAGAAAUAUUUGAAGUUUUCCAAGUCAAUUUCCUGUUUGAAACUGAAAUCAGCAAGUUGGGAGUACUUUCUUUGAUUUGAAGUGUAGUCAGCUGCUUCUUUCCUGGGCAGAGGUCUUAAUUCUUUUCCAUCACUCCCAGGAAAGUUGUGUUGGUCUUUGCUCUUCCUGCCACUAAAAGCCACUGUGCUGCUGCUGCUGCAGAUGUAACUGCUUGAAGGAACUUCAUCCUUUCCUCACAGCUCUUUGCACUGUGGCACUUUGCACUGCAGGACCUUUUCUGUGUUCUUGGAUGAUGCAGUUUCAAAAUCAUGCCUGGGUCUUUAAGCUGCAUUCUGAGCAGCUGCGCUGCAGCAGAGGAAGCCCAGAAGUAUCCGGUGGCUUGUGCAAUGGCCUGGGCUGAUCCUGUGUAAUGUACACAGUUUGCAACAGGGGAAAUUCCAGUGAAAUACUAAGGGGAGAUCAAAUGCUGGGGCAGGGCCCAGUGAAGUUUUGGAGCCUUCAUUCUUGGGAAUACUUGGAAUAGGACUGGCCAAGGCCUUGAGCAUCCUGUGACUUUGAGGGUGGCCCUGUUCUGAGUAGGGAUUUAAUCUCUGGCUGUAUAUAAGAAUACGUGAUUGCUUGACUCACGCUGUCAUUCCACUGGACUCGUGUGUUAGAUGACCCAGUCAUACACAUCUGAUGUGGACCAGAGGUGACUUUUCCCCUCUGUUUAUGACAUAGGAUAUAAUAAUGAUUUUUUUCCCAGGAUCUUAACUCUGGGUGUAUUGCUCAUGAAACGAAAGAAGUGAUCAUUUUCCAGCCUGAAGCUUAAUGUUACAAAGUUAACCAGUCAAUUUUUUUUAACAAAUUGGAGCUGCCAAAGGUCUUAUUCAAUUGAUAUGGUUAGAAAUAAAUUUGCAACAGAUCACAAAUCUUUGGACUCAGAGAAAAAAAUGCUUAAAUCAUUCACAAUUCUCCUAAUGACCCUUUGAGGAGGGUUAUUACAUGUCAUCUCCUUUUUUUAUGGAGGGUAUUAUCCCAGAGAUUUAUGCAUUGCUGGCCCCUGCUGUGCAACCCAUUAGCUCUUUCUGCCAUGCUAGUAAUAAAUAUCUAGUAACACUUACAGUAAAUGAAAAGCUAUUGCUAAAAAGAGAUAUAACGAUGACAGCACUAUCCUAAUCUGUGCUUUCAUUAUUUGUUGGCUUUCAUCAGCACAUGUUCAUCUUUAGCAUGGCAGUUUUGCAAUGACUACCUGUAGUCUGAGCUCUAUUGAUAUUUAGUGGUGCUUGCAGCCUGUAACUCCAAGUGCCUUUCAGAACUGCAGGCUUGCUCCUUUGGGAGUAUACAGCACAUAAAUGAGACUGAAGGAAUGCCUUGCAUGGUGCUUUAUCACGGGGCUGUGUGCUUGUCAUCAUAUGCAAAGGCAAGUGCAAUGAACUGUUCAUCUCCAAAAGGAAAUGUGAGGUAGGCAAGAAUCAAAAACAUUAAUCAGAAGACCUGAAUCAGCCCAAUAGACUUUGCUAAUAGACUCAGCCACUGAGUUCCUUUUUACACUGAACUAUUGCCAGAACAAUAAUACAUGUUUUUGUGUGUGGCUAUAGCUUCAGUAUCUCUGUAUACACUUUUUUUUUGUGUAGCAGCAUGUUAAAUGGAGAGCAGUAUUUCUAACUUUUUUUAUUAUAUCUCAUUCAGUCUCAUUUCCAGUCAGACCUGCAAAGUAAAGCAGCAUGCAUUAAUGCCCCUGCCACAAAGAUCUUCUGCUAUAGUUCUCAUAAAGCAGAUGUUAUUUUGAGAUGAAUGGUCAGAAGGGUUAAUUUAGUUUCUAUGACUCUGCUUCUGUGAACUUUAAAUCAUGGCAAAUUUUUGUAACUGUGGUAAAGUUUGAGGAAGUUGAGUCAGCUUCAAGAAAUCCUUGCCUCAUCAUGUGAGACAUAGUAACUGAUGGGGUGCAUGUGGUUGCUGCAGUGCUGAGUAAAGUGGAUCUACUCCCCGGACUCUUCAGCCAUCCCAAGCUCAAGUAAGCUCACCAGCAGCACAUGCCAGCAAUACCUGUACCCUGUAUCCUUGAACAAACUGCAGUGAUAGGAUAAGCAGUUACUGGCUCAGACCGAAAGAGGGGAAAUUGAAGUUAGAUGUAUGGAAAAAAUUCUUUACUGUGAGAGUGGUGAAGCACCAGAGCAGGUUGCCCAAAGAGGCUGGGGAUUCUCCAUCACUGGCAGUGUUGGAUGGGGCUCUAAGAACCAUGGCAGGGGGAUUGGAAUCUGAUGAUCUUUAAGGUCCUUUCCAACCCAAGCCAUUCUGUGUAGAGCUGUCCUUAGGGAGAUGUAGUAAUCAGGGAUAAUGGUGUUAAAAUGACUUGAAAAAAGCAUAUAUGCACUGAAUCAUGCUCAUCUUGCACAAGCAAGCCACUCUGCUGUGAUUGUAAUAAAUGUCCUGAUGGUUCUUUGAUUUGUCUGCAGUCAGUGCAGGCUGCUGAGAUGACUCAGUUGUCUGUAGAAGACCUGCUUUUUGUUCCCCUUAAGAUGAACUAGCUGCUUUAUUUGGCAAGGAUAAGUAGUAAGUUCCUUUAUGCCAACAUCCUGUUCUGAGCAAUAUUUAGGAUAGAAGGAAAUAAUUGUUGAAGUAAUGGGACUGAGAAAACCCAAUUUUUUUAAUGAUUUGGUGCCCUGAGCUUACAUUCUCUGAUGUUUAAUAAAGUAUGAACUUGGAUUAGGGUUUUUCCUGAAGUCAGGGAGUCCUAAAUGACACUUUUCAGUGUGGGAUUCUCUGAUGUCUCCUCCUGGAACUGGACAGCAUGUAUUAAGGAAUGAUGUUAAAUGAGCAGUGAGGACAUGGGUAUGGUCUGGCUGUCAUCUGUUUUCAUCAAAUUUACAGAAGUAUGAAGUCUUUGAGUUCUCUGACAUGGUGUGUCCUUUCUGUCAAAGGACAGCUUCUGACAAAUUUGGUUGAUGUUGUCUGAUGUGUGACAACAAGCCACGACUAGACAGAAAUCCACACAGGUAUUAUGUCUAUACUAUGUGGAUACUGCAUUUCUUUCAUUAGAAGUAUGAACUACUGAGAAAAAAGCAUAUAUGAGUAUACUGAGAGACACAAAUUAAAAAUUAGGAAGUGCUUUAUGGAAGAGUUAGUUGAAAUAUAUAUAUAUAUAUAUUUGGAGAGGAUAUCAGUGUUGAGCAUCAGUGUGUGAAGGAAAAUGGAAGAUUAUGUUUAAAUUUCUAGGGGAAAAAAAAUCCCUGAGUUUCACAGAUCAGGGAUGACAUAUAAUUAAAUAAGCUGUUCAUCUAAAAAGUGAAAUUUUGAAAAUGGAAGCCUGCAGGUUCCAAAAUUAGGCUGAUGUUCCAGGGAGGCAGGAAGGUGGCAUCUGAUUGUGUAUGGUAUUAGUAACACAUGCAAGACUCUGUGGGAAGCAGAGUUUUAUAUUGCAAAGAUAUUGCUGAGAUACAAUUAGUGAAAAUAGAUAAGUAUUUUUUAAGGAGUUUUGCCUUACCACAGUAUAGCUGUGAUGAAUUUUUCACUGGUUAUGAUUGUUAUUAGGAAAGAUUGUGAGCCAUUUCAAACAUUUGGGAGCAAGCAUUUGCUAGUUAUACACACUGCAAAAACAUCUGACCCUUGGGUGCAGUAGGCUCAGGAUAUGAGUGUGUUUGUGCUCUGUGUUUGUAAUGUGAAUUCAUUUAUUAGAGCGCAGGCAGAUGGUGAGCCUGCACUGUGGGGAGGCACACAGAGCCAUUGCCUGCAAAGAUAGAAGCUAUUAGCCAGGUAAGAUGUUCCAUUAGGGAACCUUUUUCAUUCCCACUUCCUAGGCUGAUGUGCACUGUUCAUUGUGUUUGCAGCAGGGUGCUGUGAAAUCAGGGAAGACAAGGGCACAAGAAAAAGACUACGUGAUUCUUCCAAAUUAAUAGUGAUUUUGUGUAUUUCUACUUAAAUGAUUCUGUUUGUGAUCAUUUACUCUCUUUCCCAGCAAAUUUUAGGUCUCAUUCUUGAAAAAUUAGAUUGCUUUUGAAAGUCUUUGCCAAAGACAUAGGCUUAACUUAUAUGCUUGAAAAAUAUAUGAUGUGGAAUAUUCAGAAAGGCAGCUGUGUGACUGAAAAUACAAAUCCAGCUCUGUUUUCCUCCUUUGACUUGAAAAAAGCUUUAUUCUUCACUGUCACUUCAGUGCUUUUUCACAGUUCCCACUUUGAGGUGCUGUGCUGUCUUAAGUUAGAUGGCACCAAUCAACUGCAGCUCUGGUUUCUGAUGCCUGUAGCAUCCAGAGAAGUUAGAAUGGAAAUAAAUGAGGGUAGCUACCGGGAAAAGUCAGAAAGUAGGCAAAUUACAGGUAGACAAGCCUGCUGACUGUCUAGGCCCCACUCAGUAUUUUUCCACAGCCCAUUUCUCUGGACCCUUGGAUUGCUGCUGUAAACUUGGUACAGCAGAGAAGCUGCUGUUCAAAGGGAUGAUGAUAUCUUCAUACAUAUGGGAUUGUUGUGCAUCUGAAAUGUAAGGAUAUUCAUGUGCUUUUUUGGGAUUUUUCCUCCCCAAAUUUGUCUUCUAACUUCUGUUUGAAAUAGGACACUGAAUUGGAUUUUUUAUCAUCUAAUAAAAGCCUUUUUCAUUACAAUGUAA